AUGACUGUGAGCCUCUCCAGGGAAGAGAGGGUGCCGCAGAUGGGCUGUCUGGGAUUUCUGGACCGAGGUCACAUUCCUCUGGUCCUGCAGCUGCUGUUGCUCAUUCUCUUUGCUGGACUCCUGGUGGCCAUCGUCAUCCAAGUUUCCAAGAUCCCCAGCUCUGAGGAAAUGCAGUGGGAACAGACAAAGCAGGAGAAAAUGUACCAGGACCUGAGCCAGCUGAAGUCUGAAGUUGAUAGCCUCUGUCGCCUCUGCCCUUGGGACUGGACAUUCUUCAGUGGAAACUGUUACUUCUUCUCCAAGUCCCAACGAGACUGGCACAACUCCAUCACUGCCUGCCAGGAAAUGGGGGCCCAGCUGGUCAUCGUCAGGAGUCAUGAGGAGCAGCGCUUCCUGCAGCAAACUUCCAAGAAAAAUGGCUACACCUGGAUGGGGCUGUCAGACCUAAACAAGGAAGGUGCAUGGUACUGGCUGGAUGGCUCACCUCUGUCAGACAGCCUUGAGAAGUAUUGGAAUAAAGGACAGCCCAACAACAUUGGGGGACAAGACUGUGUGGAAUUCAGAAAUGAUGGCUGGAAUGAUGCCAAAUGUGAAGAAAUGAAAUUAUGGAUCUGCAAAAAAUCUGCAACUACCUGUUCCAACAAGUGAUGGCCAACCCCUCUCGGCAGCUUCCGCAGCCUAAACAUCCCUGUUGGGCAGCAGACUUGUGCUUUCCAGGUCUCUUUCCCUGCCUAUGGGUGUGGAGAUCUUAGUAUUACCUCUGGGAUGUAUGGUCUCCUUUGUUAGUUACUACCCUGCUGGACCACUGAUGGCCUUCC